AUGCCCAGAAAAGAUUCUGAGAUGAGGAUCGUGAUGUUGGGAAAGACUGGAUCAGGAAAGAGCGCAACAGCAAACACCAUCUUUAAUGAAAAGAAAUUUGAUGUGAACUCUACCUUUCAGCAUAUAACCAAGGAAAGUAAGAGAGGUUACAAGUCUGUUAAUGGAAGAAUGGUCUGGGUGAUUGAUACUCCGGGACUGUUCGAUGGAAAAACCCCUAAAUAUGAACUGAAAGCUCAGAUUGAAGAAGCCAUUGAUCUGGCUCAUCCUGGAGUUCAUGUGUUUCUUCUGGUGAUGAGGCUGGAUGUGAGAUUCACAGAGGAGGAGAAGAACACUGUGAAGUGGAUUGUGGAGAACUUUGGAGAGGAGAUCCAAAAACACAUCAUUGUGUUGUUCACUCAUGGAAACGUGUUAAAGGAGAAAACUAUGGAAGAAUAUCUGUGUUUAAAUGCAGAGCUGAAAGGUGUAGUGGACAGUAUGGCUGGUUAUCACGUGUUUGAGAAUGAAAAUGAGGAUGAUGAAACUGAAGUCACAGAGCUGCUGAAGAAGAUUGAUGAGGAGCGGGAUUCUGAUUCUGAGCUGAGGAUUGUUCUGUUGGGUAAAACUGGAUCAGGAAAGAGCUCAGCAGGAAACACCAUCCUUAGAAAACAAGAAUUUAUGGUGGCUGUAUCCUCUGAGUCUGUAACUAAAGAAAGUGAAAGAUGUUACAGGAAACAGCGAGAUGGAGCAGUCUGUGUGAUUGACACUCCAGGGCCCUUUGAUACACAUUCUUACAACACAGUGAAAGAGCAGAUAGAGAAGGCCAUUGAUCUGGCUCAUCCUGGAGUUCAUGUGUUUCUGAUGGUGAUGAAGCUGGGUGUGAGAUUCUCAGAGGAGGAGAAGAAAACUGUAAAGUGGUUUCUGGAGACCCUUGGAGAAGAGGCAAAAAAACACACCCUUAUUUUGUUCACUCAUGGAAACGAGUUAAAGGAGACAAAUAUAGAACAACACCUGCAAGGAGAGUCAGUUGUGAAGGAAAUGAUUGACAGUAUGGCUGGUUAUCAUGUGUUUGAGAAUAAAAAUGUAAAUGAUGAGACCCAAGUCACAGAGCUGCUGAAGAAGAUCGACAACCUGAUGGAUAAGAAUGAAAAACAGAUUUACACCAGAGAAAUAUACAGUAAGGUUCAGAGAAAGAAACGAGUAAAACAUAUUGUAUCUGGAACUGUGGGAGCUGUUGGAACAGGGGCAGCAGCAGCAGCAGCAGCCAGUGGUAAAUUUUCUGGGAUAGCAGUAGGAGUAGCAGGAGCAGCAGGAGCAGUAGUAGGAGCAGGAGUAGGAGUAGCAGCAUCAAUGGGGUUAAUGGCAUGGAUGAAAUAA